AUGGUCCCACGGGUCGUUUUCAUGAGAAUUACUGGGCAAUUGGGAUGUAUAUUUAUUGUUCUGCUGGUACAGUUCAAGUCCGCACACAACUUGAAGAUUGAUCCACUGAUUCUUGAUGAACAGUUGCUGUGGGUGGGGGGUGGAGCAGGGCAGGUGCACACUUAUCGUAUUCCUAUCAUCACCUCCACUCCUCGGGGCAAUCUGCUGGCCUUCGCUGAGGCAAGAAAAUCUUCAGCCAAAGAUAUUGGAGCAAAGUUCAUUGCCCUUAGAUGCUCCACAGACAGGGGUGCAACCUGGUCCCCUACCUCCUUCAUAGUGGAUGAUGGCUCUUUGGCGGAUGGGCUGAAUCUGGGCUCUGUGGUUGUGGAUGAAGAGAAGAAAUCUGUGAUGCUCAUCUAUUCUCUGUGUUUCCACCGCUACCACUGCAGCCCCUCCAGCACCAUGUUAAUAGAGAGCCUGGACGAUGGCCUGAGCUGGAGUGCCCCGCGUAACCUCUCCGUCCAGCUGGGGGUCAAAAGCUUCGCCCCUGGGCCAGGAUAUGGCAUUCAGAAGCGUCACUAUCCAGCUCCAGGGCGUCUGGUGGUGUGUGGUCACAGCACCAACGAAGGUAACGGGGUUUUCUGCAUCCUUAGUGAUGACCAUGGGCUCACAUGGAGGUACGGUGCACCACUGAAGAGCAUUCCCUAUAAGCAACCCAAACAAAAGCUGGACUUUGAUCCGGAUGAAUGCCAGCCUUUUGAGAUGGAGGAUGGAACCAUAGUUGUCAACAUCCGCAACCAAAUGAAGUACCAUUGUAACUGCCGGAUCAUUGCGAGGAGUCUGGACGGAGGCGAGUCUCUCCCUAUGGAGGAGGUGACGUUUGACAAAACGCUGGUGGAUCCUGCUGUUGCAGCCGGUGCCCUGCAGAAGGAGGGAGUGCUCUACUUCACCAACCCAGCCAACUCUAAGCAGAGGAUUAACCUGACUUUACGCUGGUCACUGACUGGUGGUAGGACGUGGGAGGAACAGGUUCUCCAGAUCUGGCCAGGGCCAAGUGGUUACUCCAGUAUGACAUCACUGCAAGGCAACAGUGCUGAGGACCUGAAAUAUGUCUUUGUCAUCUAUGAAAAGGGGCAUAAAGACUCCAUUGAAACUGUUUCCUUCGUCAAAGUCCACCUGUUUAGUGGUCUCCGGACAGAGUAG